CUGAUGUGCGUUUUGUUCAUAGGGGCCCCCUGGUGGCGGAGGUCCUCCAGGAACACCGAUAAUGCCAAGUCCAGCAGAUUCCACAAAUUCCAGUGACAACAUGUACACAAUGAUUAAUCCCGUUCCACCUGGAGGAAGCCGGUCAAAUUUCCCACUGGGGCCUGGCUCUGAAGGUCCCAUGGGUGGAAUGGGCGGAAUUGAGCCACUUCAUAUGAAUGGAUCAUUAGGAUCAGGCGAUAUGGACGGGAUCCCUAAGAAUUCUCCCAACAACAUGAGCAGCAUUACCAAUCCUCCAGGCACUCCAAGGGAUGAUGGUGAAUUAGGAGGCAAUUUUCUUCACUCCUUCCAAAAUGAUAACUAUUCCCCCAGCAUGACGAUGAGCAUGUGAUUUUUCCCCUUCCCCCUUCUCCAGGAUCAGAAUGAUGAGACAGCUGCCCUUUGGAAGAUUAAAGAACGUAUGUAAGAAGCAGUUCAACAUGUUGACGAGGAACUGGGGGCAAAACCCCAAUUUUGAGUUUCACACAAGAAAAAAGCUGUACUUCUUUAAUUCCAUAAACAUGAAGGACAACAAAAAAGAAUCAAGACAUAAAACCCUUCUCCUGGAAGGACUGUACGUUACACAUCGCAUCUUUUUGAAGCAAAGACAAAAAUGUAAACGCCUCUAGCACCCGAACAGACCUCUUCCGCUUCAUCCCCUGAACCCAUGUAUCUUUGUGCUGAACUGAAUAUGGCGCUAGUCUAGGUAUAAGAUCCGAUGUUGUCCAUAUUGUAGCCAUUUUAACUGGGACGUUUACACAAUGUGGUUUACUUUCGAAGGCCUAUUAUUUGGUGGCACAGAUUAUUUUUUUUCUUGCUUCUGUGAGACUUCCCCCACCAGGUGCAAGGUGUUAA